AUUUUUAACCUGACAUGCCUGAACCUUUUUAAUUUUUUUUGACAACAAAAUUUUUAAUCACAAUUUCGGCCCCAAAAUUAAGUCGUUAAAACAGUAAUAAAAUAAAAGCAUUACAAAAAAAUUAGUAUAUCAUGAGGGAAAUCAUUCACGUGCAGAUAGGACAAUGUGGAAACAGUAUUGGAACGAAGUUUUGGGAGGUUGUUGCUGAUGAACAUGGGGUAGAUGGAGAUGGAAAUUUUAUCGGGAAUUCUGAUGUGCAAUUGCAGUCCAUUAAUGUUUUCUUCAAGCAAGUCAGGGGUGAAUUAUUAUUUAAGUGGUAGAUAUGUUCCAAGGUCCCUAAAUGUCGACCUUGAUCCAGCAUGUUUGGAUGCAGUAAGAUCAGGAAUGUAUGGAAGAUUUUUUUCUCCUGAAAGUUUCAUCUGCGGACAAGCGGGAGCGGCCAAUAACUGGGCUAAGGGUCAUUACACUGAAGGUGCUGAACUUGCAAAUGAAACUCUUGAUUUUAUUAGGAAGGAAGCAGAAAGUUGCGAUUUAAUCCAAGGAUUUCAGAUAGUUCACUCACUUGGAGGUGGAACUGGAUCAGGAAUGGGUAGUCUGUUGAUGGAGUAUCUGAAAGAAGAAUAUGCUGACAGAAUAAUAAAAAGCUACUCUAUCAUACCAACACCAGAAGUUUCAGAUACAAUUUUUGGGCCUUACAACUCAAUUUUGACCCUCAGUCACUUGGUAGACAACUGUGAUGAAACAUUUUGUAUCGAUAACAAAGCCCUGUACAAUAUUUUGACAAAAAACCUAGACAUAGCAGCACCCACUUUUGCUGAUAUGAACCACUUGGUAUCUUACUGUAUGGCUGGUAUCACCUGCAGUUUAAGAUUUAAGGGACAGCUCAACAUGGAUCUCAGAAAAUUAUUGGUUAACAUGGUUCCAUUUCCGAAACUACACUUUUUUAUUCCUGGUUACGCUCCUUUGAUGACCAGAAAUUCAGCACCUUUUCGAUCGGAUGUGGUUCAGGAAUUGACUCAUCAAAUUUUCGAAGCCAAAAAUAUGUUUGCAUUUUGUGAUCCCAAUAAGGGGAGAUUUUUUACCUUUGGUAUCAUUUUUAGAGGACUUUUAUCACCCAAGGAAGUAGAUGAAGAAAUGGUGAAAAUUCGUACAGAAAACAAUUCUAAUUUUAUGGACUGGAUGCCAAAUUCCAUAAAAAUUGCUAUGUGUGAUGUCCCACCACGUGGGUUGAACAUAAGUGCCACUGCAAUAUCAAAUUCGACUGCAAUUCAAGAAGUAUUUAAAAGAUUAGAACAUUCUUUUUCUCUGAUGUUUCGAAAAAAAGCUUAUUUGCACUGGUACACUGGAGAGGGGAUGUAUGAAACCGAAUUUGUUGAUGCGCAAAAUAUCAUGAAAGAUCUUAUUUUUGAAUAUCAACAGUAUCAAGAGGGUGAUUCUGAAGUUGAAAAUAUCGAGCAAGAAACAGAUGAUACAGAUUAUGGAAGUGACACAGGAGGAAUCGGAAAUACCCAAAUUAUCUGAAUUGUAACAUCAGUUGAAAGCGAGUAAAAUAAAAAAAUCGAAAAACAUGGA